UUCAGCCCUCACGGCCCGCCCAGGAGUGCGCGCCUCCCAGCGGAGGUGCCUUUGCCUCCCCUCCUCUGCUAGACUCUCAGCAGCAGCGGUCUCCGUAAGCAGCAGGAGCAGCUGCAUCAGCAACAGCGGCAGCGGCGGCAGCGGCAGCAGCAGCAGCCCCAGCCAUGGCGGAAGUUCAUAGACGUCAGCAUGCUCGGGUUAAAGGAGAAGCCCCCGCUAGAUCCUCCACUGCCAGAGAUGAGGAGGAGCUGGGGAUGGCGUCGGCCGAAACGCUGACCUUGUUCCUGAAGCUGCUGGCCGCCGGCUUUUACGGCGUGAGCUCCUUUCUCAUCGUCGUGGUGAACAAGAGCGUGCUCACCAGCUACAGAUUUCCUUCCUCACUAUGUGUUGGACUUGGCCAGAUGCUGGCGACAGUGAUCGUCCUCUGGGUGGGAAAGGCGCUCAGGGUAGUAAAGUUUCCUGACUUUGACAGAAAUAUACCUCGGAAGACAUUUCCACUACCUCUACUGUAUUUUGGGAACCAAAUCACCGGACUGUUCAGCACAAAGAAACUGAACUUGCCAAUGUUUACAGUCUUGCGAAGGUUCUCCAUUUUGUUUACAAUGAUUGCCGAAGGAGUAUUACUCAAGAAGACCUUUUCUUGGGGUAUUCAGAUGACCGUUUUUGCAAUGAUCAUUGGAGCAUUUGUAGCCGCUAUCUCUGACCUGGCUUUUGACUUGGAAGGGUAUGUUUUCAUCCUGGUGAAUGAUGUCCUGACAGCAGCCAAUGGCGCGUACGUGAAGCAGAAGCUCGAUUCCAAGGAGCUGGGGAAGUACGGCCUCCUGUACUACAAUGCACUGUUCAUGAUCCUUCCCACCAUGGCCAUCGCCUACUUCACAGGAGAUGCACAGAAGGCAAUAGAUUAUGACGGCUGGACUGACACUUUGUUCCUUCUGCAGUUUACACUGUCCUGUGUCAUGGGGUUCAUCUUGAUGUAUGCCACGGUACUCUGCACACAGUAUAACUCUGCUCUGACGACCACCAUAGUCGGCUGUAUUAAGAAUAUUUUAAUAACUUAUAUUGGAAUGGUCUUUGGUGGAGACUAUAUCUUCACAUGGACAAAUUUCAUUGGGUUAAAUAUCAGUAUUGCUGGGAGCCUGGUGUACUCCUACAUCACUUUCACAGAAGAGCAGCUGAGCAAACAGUCGGAGCCAAACAGCAAGCUGGACGUUAAAGGGAAAGGCGCCGUGUGAGCCCAGGCUGGCGCACCCUGAGCGGUCAAGCCUGCACUCGGGUGGUGCCGAUGGAGACCCGCUUUAACGGCUGGGGUGUCUUGGUUCUAGUGAGCUCUCGGUCCUGGGGCCCUCGUACAAUCUGAAGAUUGCUGCCUCUUUAAAUUUUUAUGAUGAGAGAAUCUUAUAAUUGAUUCUAUUUUAAAUCUGCAGUUUGCAUUAAUUUAUACUGGACUGGAAGAUGACAUAUCUGGCUUUUAAUUUAUUGUUUUCCCCUCCACCAACCGUGGGACUCCACGUUGUCCUUUGGGCAUCUCUGUCCACAGUGAGUGGCAUCUAGCCUCUUCCUCCUCCUCUCCCUGCAGACAGGGUCGCUGCGGUCAGACCUUUUGCCAGGUCGAGAGCCUCUGGGAUUGUCUUGUGGAAGCAACAUGCCCUUGACUUCUGCGGAGUGCAGCUGGGCAUGACGCAGGGUUUUCUGAUAGCUCCUUUCAUAAUUCUCUUCCUUCACUUUCUAUUUCCUACGUUGAGGGUUUGUCACUAUAUUCUCAAUUUCUUGCUAUAUUUAAAGGAUGAUCUCUUUCUACACAGAGAGAGAGAACACACAUGUGAUAUUGGGGAUGCUUUUCAUCCCAAAGCUCUUCAAAAUCCUGGGUAUGGGGAGAAUUAGGCUUUUGGAUUUUAGCCCUUCAUUUGGGGUGCUCUACAGAAAUGAUGCUGGAAUGGGAGAUAUCCUUCAGCUUAGCCCUGGAGGGAGUUGGCCAUACUCUUGGUCUGGCAAACCCAGGUUAUGGUAAGUGACUGAAAGCAGACACCUUCCUCCCCCAAGUGGGGACAUAGAUCAAGCCCAUUCCUCCCAUCUUAUUCCCUCUUUGCACCCCUUCCCUUGGGGUUUUUCAUCUGAAUCACAUUAUUACCUGUAUCAGAGUCCCUAAUUCUAAUUUCUUAUGAUUUGAGGGGAAAGAUUGUUCUGAGCUAUUCCCUUGAGGUGUCUGCCAGUAACCAGGAGAGGCCAGAAGCAUAGGUGGAGCUACCACCUUCAUCUUUCUGAUGAAAUGUAACAUGGCUGAGUGAAAGGAGCCUCCAUUAGAAUCCGGAGAUCUUGGUUACUCUUGCAGACUCCAAGCUAAGAAAGGCUUUUACAUUUUAAAAUACAAUAAGAUUAUUAAAUUUUAAAUUAAAGUUUAAAAUCCAAUAACAUUAUUUUAAAAUGUAAAAACCAUUCUUAGCUUGUAGGCCAUAUAAAACCAAGCACGUGGUGGGUGGUGAGUGGCUUGCUGAUCUCUGACCCAGAUUCCAGGCCUUGCUCUGAUGCUUCUACUGCCUGUUAGACUUUGGGCUAGCUAUUUCUCUCUUGAGGCCUUAGUUUCUUCAUCUCUGAAAUGAAGGAGGUGGAUGAGGUGCUUGCUAAGGUUUUUUCCAACUGUCAGUGAAGGAUUUGAUGAGGUUGAGAUCUGGUGAAGCAGCUAUGAGACUCCUUGGUCUUAUAUCAGCACUCGACCCCUUUCUCUGCCUGAUAUGACCUGAGUCGUGCUUGAAAUCUUUCUGGAGCAAUGGCUUGAAACAGAUACCUGUCUUGGUGAGUUUCGCUAUCCUGCCAGCAUCCCCACUUCAACCUCUGACUUAUUAACUUACGAAGGAAGGUACCAUUCUUUGUAGCUGGAUGGAAUGAGCCUAUGGCCUCUUGGGUAAAUGGAUUUUCUCCUUAUGUAUUAAGGAUCUCCUCUUUCAGUUUUUAACAAUAAGGCUAUGCUGGGUAGCUGGCCAAUUUUACAAGCUUCUAGAUUUUAGGAAAAGCUGGGGAAGAUUGUUGGAUCUGUGAUUAGAGGACCUGUAUUUUCCAUUUACUACCUUGGUUGAUCUUGGGCAAAUCACUUCUGGGCCUCUGUUUCCUCAUCUACAGUACAGAAUGGCAGGGUUGGACUAGAUGAAUCUUUAAAUCUGAAGAUUCUGUGAGCUUGAUGCAUUUCCAGAGAAGGGAAGCCAAGAUGGUGAUGGAAUUGGAGAGCAGGCUGUAUGAAGCACAAUUGAAAAAAUGAAAGAGUUUCAUCUUGGUGAAGAGAAAACUAAGGGAGAGAAUGUGACAGCCACCUGCAAGUAUUUGAGGGUGGAAGAUGCAAGAAGGCAGGUUUUGAGUAACAAUUAGCCUUCCUAAUAAUUAGUCCCCUCCCCCCCAAAGUGGAAUAAGUUGCCUUAAGAUGCUACAGGUCCCCCGGCCUAGAAGGACUCUAGGGGAAGGCUGGAUUUCUCAUUUUCAGAGAUGAUGCAUCAGAAUUCCUGUCCAGGUAUGGGGUAGCCUGAGUCACCUUUGUGAGCCUCUCCAGUUCUGAGAUUCUGUGAUUCACAGCAGAAGGAGGAGGAUGGGGGAAGGAGAAGGGGAGAAAGGAUUGGGCAUGGGGAGUGGUAGAAAUAUAUAUAUUCUACUUGGAGUCUUGGCCCUCAGUGAAAUAGGCUUGUAAUAAUAAUGAUAGCUGGCUUUUCUGUAGCAUUUUACGGUCUGCCCAGCGCUCUACAUCCAUCAAUCUCAUUUGAGUCUCCCAACAACUCUGGGAGGCAGGUGCUGUUCUUACCCCCACUUUAUAAAUGUGGAGACUUAAGCUCAGGCUCCUUGUCAGGAGUUUCCCAGCUAGGAAGGGUCACAGGCUUUUCUGUGCCCUAUCGGCUUCCCACCAAACUCUGGCACCAGAUCGCCCUGGUUACUGGACCCUCACCCACUUAAUAUCAGUCAACAAGCCUCUGUUGAUACUGGGCUCAUGUUGACCACUGGCCACCAUUGGCUAGUUUUGUGGGAACACAGGAAGGUCAACACCUGCAUUUCAGUUCUGAUUUAUUCAAAGGUCUUCUCCUUGCUGCUCCUUCCUGUGACCCACAUGAGCAGCAAUAGGUAGGGUGGAGGGGGGCACAUGGAUUAAAUUACCAUGUGCAAAUUUGGGUCAUUUUACUGGGACAAUAACUUUGGGAAGGGGAAGUACCAGAACUGCAAAUAUAUGUGCCUUCUAGAAUAUCUAGAUUAUAGCCCAAUAGUAGACCUAUCAUGUUGUGACGUGCUAACUUACUACUUUAGCAGGUAGACGCCUUACUGAAUUUUACAAGUGAGAAACUGAGGCACAAGGCUGGCCAGGGACCUGUACGAGGCUAAGGAGAGCUAUGGGCAGAGCUCUGAACUUCUGAGUCAAUCACUGUAACCAAUGGACAGGGUGAAUCGGAUUUUGAUUAAACUUGAAUCAACCUGUUGGGUUGAAUCUGAGGCCAUUUUCAGUUGCCUUCCUGUGCUAAUCACCCUAAUUCAGGGUGAGCUGCUUAGAAUCACAGUCACAGUCACAGAGUUGGAAAAGACCUCAGCAGUCAUUUAGUCCAGCUGUCCAUCGGUUGGUCUCAUCACUUCCUGCCUCCUGAGCAGUGGCCUUUUCCCAUCUUUGGGCUUCCUCUGGCGGCCAUUUGCCAAGAAAGCCCCAAAUGAACUACAGCAACAAACGCAACUUGUUUCCAUUAUAACUAUUUGCUAUCAGCCUCCUUCCCUCGUUCUGAUUUUCAGGACCGCAUGGUGUCCGCUUCCUGUUAUUAACCUUCGCUUCUGGAUUCUAUACCUUUCCUUUUCAAAACCGGUUGCUUCAUAGUGAGUUCCUUGUGUGGCCACAUCUGUCUUUAGAAAACUGGGUGGGGGCCCCCACGCCCAGAACUCCAUUCUGGAGAGCUCCCUAUCCUUCCUUAUGUAGAAUUUUACCUUUCACUGAGACCUUUGAGUAUUCAACUACAUGUAGAUUGAAGAUGAUAAGCAUGAUUCCGUGGCCCCUCCAUAGACCCUCCCUGUUCAGUAAUUUGCAGAUGUUUUGGUCUUUGCAGAUGUUUUGGUCAGUAGGAGCUUGGCUUUUCUCUUUGAACUUCAGCUGUGCUUGGUGGUUGGCACCUUCUCUUUCUAUUUAAAUGCUAUCUGAUGCCCAGAGAUAGUUACACUGAGCUUUGCGUGGAUGGCCUCUGGCAUGUUAAAGGAGCCAGUUAUUGGUAGGAGAGAACAGUUUAUAUAGCUGUUAGUCACCAAGAUGGGGGUGCUCUGCUGGAGCCCACAUAAAUGACUCAUACCCUGGCACCUAGAAAGGGAAGUUAUUCAGACACUUUGCAGGUGGGGAGCCUGGUGUAAGCCCCUUUCCUGUAGAAUCCACAAUAAUAGCUCACAAUUAUGGAGAGUUUUAAGGUUUGCAAAGCACUUCACAUAUAUUAUCCUUUUGGUCCUCACAACAAUUCUGUGAGGUGGACAUCCCCACUUCAGAGAUGAGGAAACUGAGGUUGAAAGAGGAAGUGAUUGUUUCCAGGGUCACACAGUUAUUUCGAGGCAGAAUUUGACUUCAGGUUCAUGGCUCUGUCCAUUACUCUAAGCUGCCUUUUUAAAGGGGGAGCCAAGAAAGAGUCCUAAGGACUCCGUGGGGCUGUCUCAGGGCCUGAAGACCACCAGCCUCAUUCAAUACAACCUGAGGCCUGGAUUCCCCAGAGCAGAGAUGGUUUGAAUCUGACGACUCCAUUCUCCCAGUUCAGAUGAAGACUGGCUCUGCCUUCCUAGACCCUUUGGGAGCAUAACCUGGUAUAUGCUUGGUAAUCAUUUGGACAGAGGUAAAGUGACCAGCAUGGGCUUAAGAGUGGGAAGUUUUUCAGGGUGGACAUUGGGGGGUCUGGUUCCCUGGUCUUGUAACCCUGCCUGCUGCAUUCUGGCAAUGUGUGUCACUUUGUUUCUAAGGAUUUCUGCAAUGUUGUCUUGGUCUUAAAAGGAAUCACUAGUUAGAUUAUCAUCCCUGGAAAAUGUUUUUCAAGAUGAUUUUGUUCUUAAAUAGAUGCCUGUUUCAGUGCCAGAAACCAGAUGGUAUUGCCUACACUGGGAAAGGGAAUAAAAUGGAUGCCAUCAUAUGUUUUCUAUGCUGUUGAUUUGUGGAAAUAUUUUUUUCAAUAUAGAUUCUAUUUACAAAAAAAUGACCAUUUUUGUGUUUUAAAAAAAAAAAGGGUACUGCAGGCUAGAGAUUUUAAAAUCAGGUCAUUGAAAGAAAAUUACUAUGCCUGCUUAAGUAUUUUUGUACGGGCUUCAAAUAAAUACUUUUCUUCUGAAAA